AUGUGGAUGCUGCGCAGUGUCCUGUGUGUGACUCUGGUCAGUGGUCUGGCUCUGGACUCAAACACCAUCAGAUCCUCCAAAGAGUCAACGCCGCAAAGCUCAGAGCUGCCGCAGAGGGGGGGCUGCAGUAACAGAGCUGACAGGAGGCCGCCCACCAAUGACAGGCAGGUGGACACGCAGGUGGACAGAGUGACAGACGGACAGAGCGAGGCUGACGGCUUCAACAGGACCAAAGCGCCGGAGAUGUCGAGCUGCGUGCGGUCUGGCGACUGCGCGGCGGGUCUGUGCUGCGUCAGGUAUCUGACUGGCAAACGAUGCCAGAGGAUCCCGGUGGAGGGCGAGGCCUGUCUGCUGCGAGGUCCCACCAAGCGGAGGAGGAACCUUGGGCGCUGCGACUGCGAUGCAGGGCUGUUCUGCACUGCU